AUGGCAGUGUGUCUCAAAAAUGAGAGAGAUUUAGAUAGGGAGCAAGAAGUUGCUCAAUCCAAGAGAGAGACAAUGCCAACUACUCAAGCUGCCCCAGUUACAUUAGAGACUGAUGAGUCGGCAGAUCUCACCGAGAUUGCAAUCGAGCAAGUACAGGUUGACAAGGGUAAGGAGAAGGAAGGUGAACAACUCCCAGAACAGGUAGUAGAAAAAGCUCCCAGCAAAGAAAAGGCGCAAAGCAGUGGGCAGAGGUUGAUUCCUGCACCAUUCCCUCAGAGAGCUAGACCGACCUCAAUGUUGUUGCAGCCGGCUGAUCACACAAUAAAGAGACCGAUCGGAAUUCUUGAUGAUGUGCUUGUUCAAGUGGGGAAAUUUGUAUUCGUUGUAGACUUCAUCAUUCUUGACUGUCAAGUGGAUGAAGAGAUACCAAUCAUUUUGGGCAGGCCGUUUUUAGCCACUAGGAGAGCAUUGAUUAAUUGUGAGACUGGGGAAUUGAAAAUGUGGUUGAACAAUGAAGAAAUCAUAUUCAAUGUUUAA